AUGGCAGCCGCAGAUGUUCGCGACAUGCUCGACCUGCCUGCGGAUGGGCAACCCAGGCCGCUUAAGAAACAGAAGGUUGUUGAGAAGAGACCAGAGGGUAUUACUCGUGAACUUUUCGCGCUGCUCGGCGAGAAGGCCCCCCCAAUCUCCCUCACAGAAAACAAAUACAAAUUAAAGAAGUCCAAUCGGAGAGCGCUUCCAUGGCGAAUGACCGAUUUCAAAAAUGAUGCGCGUGGCGAUGGUCUCGUUCUUCGGCACUGGCAACAACGAACCGAUACCGCGAAUAGACCUCUGCAAGCUGCAGAUGGAACGGCCAUGGAUGUCGAUCAACAGAUGAAAGAUGGAUCACAGCAGAUGACUCAACAGCCUUACAUGUUUGCGAAGUACAACAUCAAAGCCCAGGUUCCUCGACGAUAUACCGAUGAACAAUAUCAGCGGCACUUACAAAGUGAUGAUUGGACGCGUGACGAGACAGAUUAUCUGAUGGAUUUAGUGGAAGAAUAUGACUUGAGAUGGGUGAUCAUUGCCGAUCGAUACGACUAUCAAUCUGAGGUCUCGGAAAAUAGCGAAGCGAACGCGACAGCGCUGGUUACGGCAAAUAGCGUCCGGACAAUGGAGCAGAUGAAGUCUCGUUAUUACACAGUUGCGGCGAACAUGCUCGCUCUUGAACAUCCUCCGUCGGAGAUGUCAGAAGCCGAAUUCGCCUUACACGAAAAGAUGAUGAAGUUCGACCCGGAGCGUGAAAGAGCCCGAAAGGAGCUGGCCGCGUUGCAACUUAAUCGCACUGCUGAUGAGGUCCGCGAAGAGGGCAUCCUUUUGGAGGAAUUGAAGCGUAUUGUCACAAACGAACAGGAUUUCAUAGCAGAGCGCAGGGAACUUUAUUCCAGACUCGAAGUUCCUUAUUCUGUCAGCAACACGACCAUGUACCAGUCAAGCCAAGGCUUGUCACAACUUCUAUCGACACUACUGCAAGCUGACAAGAGCAAGAAGCGGCGUUCAAUACUUGGUCCUGAUAACGUACCGAGUCCAGUCGGCCAAGCGCCUUCUCAGGCACUGCCAAAUGCUGCCCGCGACGCUCAGGCCGAUACACCUACCGCUGGUCCAUCAACGAAGAAGGGAUCAACGGCUGCUGCUGCUGCCGCCGCCGCCGCUGCCACAUCUCAGCCAACCGUCCGAACUCUCACCAAAGAAGAAGAAGAGAAAUACGGGGUCCAACAUCACGACCGGGUCGCCCCGGGCGUCCACUUCCGCAACGACAAAGCCACAAAACUCACACAAGCCAAAUCAAACAUUCAAACUCAAAAACUCGGCGCCGCUCUCACUGAGCUCGAUAUUCCUCUUCGCCUACUCAUGCCCACCGACAAAGUAUGCAAGGAAUUCGAAAAACUCAUUCACCAAGUAAACACCUUACUCGACGCACGCAAGGUAGCCGAGAAAGUCGAGAGCGAAAUUCGAGUCCUCGAAGCCGCCAGGGAGGAACGACAAAGGAAAGAACGAGAGGCGAAUCCAACAGCAGCAGGAGAGAAAGGAAAGGAAAUAAAACUCGAGUCAGUCGAAGAUCAACAACAACAACAACAACAACAACAAAAUGCACGACCUACUAGUAGUGCCGGAGAUGGGCAGAGGAAUGACGAUGACGAUAAUGAUGUUGGCGGUGCUGCUAGGGAGAAACAAGCAUCAGCGUCGCAUAAACGGUCAGCGAGUGUUUUGAGUGCUCGUAGUGAUAAGAGCUCUAAGAGGCAGCGGAAGUAA